GCGGCCCCGGCGGCCCAGGCGCGGAGGGGGAGACGGUCCCAAGAUGGCGGCGCUGCAGGCGGAGCGCGGGUACGGGCUGUCCUGCGGCCGCCUCGGCCGCGGCACCCGCGUCUCCGUCUUCCACGUCAAGCUCACGGAGAGCGCCCUGCGCGCCUUCGAGAGCUACCAGGCCUGUAAGGAUGCUGUGACGUCAAAACCAGUCAUCCAGUUUCAAGGAAGCCAAGGGCACAUCGCCAUCCCGAGGCCCGAUCGACCGGCGGAGGUGCGGACCUUCACCUUUUAUCUCUCCAACAUUGGCAAGGACAGCCCCCAGGGGAGCUUUGACUGCAUCCAGCAGUAUGUGUCCAGCAAUGGCAAUAUCCAUUUGGAUUGCCUGGGAAGCAUACAGGAUAAAAUCACCGUGUGUGCUACUGAUGAUUCCUACCAGAAGGCGAGGCAGAGCAUGGCACAGGCAGAGGAGGAGACUCGCAGCCGGAGCGCCAUAGUCAUUAAACCUGGGGGGAGAUAUGUAGGCAAAAAGGUUCAGGUGCGUAAACCUGCACCAGGAGCUUCCGAUGCUGUUCCCUCCAGGAAGCGCCCAACGCCAGUCAACCUUGCCAGUGCAAUAAAGAGAGGCAAUAGUGCGAUUUCCCAGAGACCCUUCAAAGAUAGGGUUGUGCACUUACUGGCACUAAAGCCUUAUAAGAAACCUGAACUUAUUCUCAGAUUGCAGAAGGAUGGACUUUCUCAGCAGGACAAGGAUUUGCUGGAUAACCUUCUGCAACAGGUGGCAAAUCUGAGUGCCAAGGACAGCACUUUCACACUGAAAGAUUGUGUAUACAAAGAAGUGCAGAAGGACUGGCCUGGCUACUCAGAAGGAGAUCAGCAGUUGUUGAAAAGGAUCCUCGUUAGGAAGCUGUGCCAGCCCCAGAACAGCAGCGCUUUCCAGGGAGAAGCUCCUUCCCUGAGCCCUCCGAAGGAUACCCUCAACUCCAGCUCUCCCCCUCAGAAGCGACCCUUACCUGCGGAGUUCAUCGACCCCCUGGCCAACAAAAAGCCCAGGAUCUCGCAUUUGGCUCACCGAGCGCAGCCCACUCUGAACGGGAAGCUGAAUUCCUCCAACGGGAAGGACAGCCUGGCCCCCCCUGCCCUGCCCGUGCCUCUGCCCGAGCCCGUGGGCUCCAGCUCCUCCCUGCCGGCCCUGGAGCUGCCCCGGCCUCACGACCCCCUCGCCGAUGUCAGCAACGACCUGGCUCACAACGGCAGAGACUGUGAGAGCACGGAGCCUCCCGAGAGACUGAGCCACCCCCUGCCCACAGACUGUGCCCAGAGCAGCAAACACAACUGCGGCUCCUACGUCAAAUCCAAGAAAAAAUCCAAAAAGCACAAAGACAAGGAGAAGGAGAGGAAGGAGAAGAAGAGCGAGGAGAAGUGCAAAGAGGAGAAGCAGAACUGUGAAGUAAUAAAAAAUGCUGACUUAGUUAGUGUUCCCCAGGAGCAGGUCCCAGGUUUAAAUGGAACAUGCAAUAAUUCUAGUGUACCAACAUCAACUUCAGAAAUGCCAGAUUAUUUAUUAAAAUACGCAGCCAUUUCCUCCUCGGAGCAGCGUCAGAGCUACAAGAACGACUUCAAUGCGGAGUACAACGAGUACCGGGACUUGCACGCCCGGAUAGAGCGGAUAACCCGACGGUUCACCCAGCUGGACGCCAAGCUGAAGCAGCUUCUGCAGGGCUCUGAGGAGUACAAGACCAUCCACGAUCAAAUUUUACAGGAAUAUCGGAAAAUUAAAAAGACAAACCCCAAUUACAGCCAAGAGAAGAACCGCUGCGAAUACCUCCACAACAAACUGGCCCACAUCAAAAAACUGAUAGCAGAGUAUGACCAGCAGCAGUUUUAGCUGCCACUCACCCCUGGACUGGGUAGGGCAAACCAAAAUCCAGUCACCCUGGACGUUACGUUCCCUUUUGUACGCCCAAAAUCCCUUUCAGAGACGAGCAUUAAUUCCUCGUGGUUGAAGAACUUGGGGAUGACUUUAAGAUGCCAGAUCUGUCAUGUCCACGUCCAGCACGCUCCUCCCGAGUUUUUAAGCCUCUCUGAAUGUUGGAAUGUAACAAAUGGAUAACAAAAACAAACAAACAAAAAAAAAAAACAAACAAAAAAAAAUCUGCUUAUUUGAAGCCAGCGUUUGACACUUAAGGGAAAACUUGCCUAAAGUGACCGAAGCUCCCAAAGGUUAAGAAUCUGUAGUUUUCAUGGAUUAAAAGUUUGGCAUGAAGUUGUAAUUCCCCAGCUCCACGUGGGUUACAAAUUGUCCUACAAAUGGUGAGGAACUGGAAUUGCUGCUAGGACUGUUUGGAAUGAGAGCUGUCUGCUCCCGGCUCCGCGGAAAUACACCACGUUCCCUGAGCUCUGCUUGUCUGGCCCUGCUUUGUCCUUGUCACCUCGGGCUUGGGGGGUGGUGGUGGCAGCACAGGGGGUCCCCCGGGGCUCAGCACCUUGGUCAGGGCAGAGGUGGAUCCCAAAAAAACCCCACAAACCCCAAAACCCCUUAUUUUUUUUUUAAUCUGCUUUGUGCAUUUGGGUGCAAACCUCCUGCCCAGUCUGCCCAGUUCACCUCCAGCUACCAGUGCUGGGAAGAUGAGACCCAUCUGGCUUUGACUUUUCUAAUUUUCUACCAAGGCAGCCAAUUUUAUUAAUUGCUAAUGAGACUGUGGUCUAUUUUUGUAUCAAAGAAAAAAGCAUCUUUUUUCUAAAACUGUGCCUCCCUUUUCCUUUUAGGCCAAGUGCUUGGGACCCUUUCCUUGCAGUAUUACUAAAAGUGACCCAGGAGUCACCCAGAGGAGUGACUUUGUCCCUUGAUCCAUGAGAGGAGGGUGGGGGGUGCUCUGCUUUCUCCUGGGAUAUUUCUGUUGUGUCUUUGCAAGGCAGCAGCAAAUCCUUGUGAGAGCAGCAAGGUGCUGUUUUCCCACGCGGAUCCCUUCCACUGGCGUGCUUUAUCUCAGCCAGCUUCUCCCUGCAGUCCUGCUUCCUGAUUGUUUAUUUAAUUCUUUACUUUGGAUUGAAGGGAACGUUUUAGAGUAUGGCCAGGGUGUGAGAAACGCUCCAAAAAGCACAAAGGUGUCCUUUAACUCUGCUGCUCCUUUCUUUCUCUCCCCUCUCCCCUUUUUAAUCCUGCCAGCCUGUGGGACUUGACUUCUUCCCGCUUCCGUUUAUCUCAGAGUAAAGGAUUCCUUCCCUGUGGAGUCUCCUUCCCUUGGAGGUUGCACUGAGGAGCCUUUCACCCUUUGAAGGAGAGGAAUGGCAGAGUUAAGGAGGGAAACACUUCGUACAACAAGGAGUUAUUUUGAGUUUGUUUGGUUUUUUUUUCCCCCCCUUGCCCCAAACAAAACGUGGGUCCUUCUGCUGUAUGAAAAAUAGGAGAUAAAAUUGCUAAUUCUUAUUAUAUUAUAAUUUCACUGUUGUCACACAGCCAGGGCCACUGCUUUUGCUUUGUCACUUUAUUCUGAGGUCUCUCCCUGUGCAUCCGGCGCUCAGCAGGGCUUUGCCAUCCCCGUUCUCCGAGGGAAGGGUGACAGCCAGGGUGACACGGUGGCCCUUGGAGUGCCACCAGGUGCUGAGCCCCACACCUGCGGAGAAGGGGGUGGGAGGAGGAGCACAGGGGGAGCACCCCAGAACCCCCCAGGGCGUUAAUUCCUGCUGGGAGGGAAUGCCGGGGUCAGGAAUGCUUCGCUCCCAUCCCUUCCUCCCCACAUCGGGGCUGGAGGUCGGGGAGGUGGGGCAGCCCCACACCUGCCCCUGGAGCUUCUGCAGGAAGGAGUUUUUGUCUGGGAAUCCGUGAAUUCCAUCCGGCCUGGCCUGGGCCCUGGGGAUGAGGGAUGAGGGGGGAUGAGGGGUCCUGGCACGUCCCAAACCCUCAGCCCCACUCUGGGAUUGGCACUGCACAGCCCUGCCGGGAUUUUUGGGUGGAAAAGGGGGAAUUUCCCCAGUGCUGGGGGCUCUGGGGGCUUCGUUGGACUGCUGAGGAGGCGGAACUCGGGAUGGCAGAAGAGGCAGCAGCUGCAAACCCAGGAUGAGUAAAUUCUUCCGUGGAAACACUUCUCCUGAUCCUUAAUAUUUUGAAAGGAGGGGUUUUUUUUGUUGUUGUUGCUUGGGGAGGGGGGGGGAUAGAGAUGGAUCUCAAUCUUUAUACAUCUGCUAUAAGAUAUUUUUGCAAACAGAGUUGUAUACAAAGAUGUAUUGUGUACAUUUACAUGUAUAUUCUGGAACUUCUAAAAAUUUGAAUAUUAAAAAAACCCUGAAAAUAUUUAAUUAAUUAUCCAAACUGUGAGACCCAAUUAGCAUCCACCAACUUCCUGCUUCACUUUUCUUUUGGACUGUGUUAAAGAAUUGUAGUCGAAUCUGCCUUUUUUUUUUUUUUCUUUUUUUUUUUUUCUUUUUAGAGACAAUGAAGCUUAGGCAAAAUUUUGUGCUUUUUGGGUUAAUAGAAACCAGUUCUAGGUGAUUUAAGUAUGAUCUUAACUUAUUGAUACUGUGUUUUACUUUGUAAUAUUGUACUGUGGAUAAAAACUAUAUUGAGCCAUGGAGUUGGAGUUUACAAAAGAGCUUUUCACUUUGCCAAAAUGUUACAAUUUCAAGGCAGCAUAGUCUUCAGCUUUCCUAAUCUUUUUUCUUAAGAGCUAGUGUCCUUUUUUUGUACACUAAAAAAGCUGAAUGCUGAUUUUGCAACAUAUAAUAAAUUCACUGUAUUGGAAAACAA